AUGGAAAAGCACGCUGAGGGUAGUCAAGACUGCCUGCUAGGACCACCGAGCGAAUGUGGCGACAACGAACCGGGCGGGAUAGGCAGCAGGCACACGUGCUCGGAAAGAUCGUGGUUGCGCACCAAUGCCAUCUCUCUAGCAAUAUUGUCACUUUUGGUAUAUAUCGCGACCCUACAGACGAUCGGACUCUCGUCGAAAUGCCCACCAUGGAAGGAUGAUGUCGUCGGCGACGAGCACCUGUCAUUGCUUCGGGGUGUGGUGAAGUACGAAGUGCGGCCGGAGUGGCUCCAGCCUCAGUACCCGUGGCAUCAGGAACCAUCUGACGCGCUGGAUGCGGUGUGGGAUGAUUUGUUGUAUCCCCUCAAUGUCAGGAUCCGGAAGGACGAGCUGAGCCUCCUAAAGGAAAAUACGACGAACCGGGUGCAGAUCACGGGGGGGAACGGUGACGACUACGUCGGUGUGAUUGGCGUAUACCACCACCUCCAUUGUCUCAACAACAUCCGUCGGCUGUUGAGCUGGGACUACUACGGGCCCAGCAUGGCCGGCGAGAAGCACAUCGAAGGCUUCUCGGUCGAGCACUCGCAGCACUGCAUCGACACGAUCCGCCAGGCGCUGAUGUGCCAUGCCAAUAUUGGACUCUAUACCUCCGAGUGGGACGAGGAGACACACAUGCCGAGCAGGUCGCUGGAGACGAACUCGGUAACGACGUGCGUGCGAUGGGACAGCGUGAAUGACUGGGCGCGCCAAAGGGCACUCCGACCUGGACAAUAUAAGUACAAACGGCCGCAUUUGCCCUCGUGA